UUUCCUAGAAAAAUAAACAAAUAAGAUGUUUAGUUUAUAACAAAAAUUUAUGUAUUUAAACAAGUUAAAAGUUUUAAUUGUUAAAAAUUUUCAACAGUAUAGCAUUGGCAGCAAACAAACAUACAAGAUGUGGCGCGUGGAAGACAAUCGUUUAGCAACAUUUACCCGCAUAUGUGAUGAAAUUGGCGGAGAACGUAGUUACUUGAAUAAGGCAAACAUUUUACAGGAUUUUUUACGCAAAGGCUGCAAUAAAAAAGAGUUUCAGGGAGACACUUUACUGUGGGUGCGCAUGUUGAUACCAGGAGAUUCGCAACGUGUAUAUAAUUUACAAAAUAAACAAAUGGUGAAAUUGUUUUCGCGCCUCUUCAAUUGCGAUGUCCAAGAAAUGCAAUUGGAUUUAGAACAAGAGGGUGAUGUUUCUGAAACGUUGCGUAAAUUCUUUGAAUCUUCUACAAAAUUAAAACCCCAAAAAAGCAGUGUUUUGUAUUUGCAAGAAGUGGAAGAAUUUUUGGUAAAAUUAGAACAGCGUACUAAAGAAGAUGAACAGACAGAGAUAUUAAAGCAGUUGUGUAAACAAACCACAGCCUCUGAUUUGAAAAUGAUUAUUCGAAUAGUAAAACAAGAUCUUCGAAUGAAUGCCAAAGCAAGUCAUGUUUUGGCUGCUUUUGGACCCAUGGCUUAUGCUUCAUAUCAAGCUACAAGAGACUUGGCUGAAGUAGUAAAACAAUUCUCUUUCAAAAACGCAAAGGCAGGCAAAAAAGCUGACAUAAUACAGGAUAAAGUAGUAAAAGGCAAAAAGGGCAAAGUUGUCAAUGUUCAUGUCAUGACUCCAAUAUCGCCCAUGUUAGCGAAUGCCUGUAAUUCAGUGGAGACUGCUUUUAAAAAGAGUCCAAGUGGUUUGUUUAGUGAAAUAAAAUACGAUGGAGAACGAGUGCAAAUUCAUAAGCAGGGGAAUGAAUUUAAAUUUUUUAGUCGUAAUUUAAAACCAGUUAUGGAUCAUAAAGUCAAACGCUUUAAGGAAUUCAUACCCAAGGCCUUUCCUGGUGCUGGUGAUAUGAUAUUGGACUCAGAAAUCAUUUUAGUCGAUACUAUAACAGGACAAUUAUUACCGUUUGGUUCUCUGGGUGCCCACAAGAAAAAAGAGUAUCAGAAUGCUGAAGUUUGUCUUUUUGUUUUUGAUUGCAUAUUAUUUAAAGGGGAAGAUUUAACAAACUUAUCAUUUCGAGAGAGACGUAAAAUAUUAGAAGAUAAUAUUACACCUAUUAAAUCCUAUGUACAAUUAUCGGAAUCGCAUUUUCUUAAAACUAAAAAUGAGCUGUCUCUAAUGACAGCCAAAGUUUUGAAGGCCAACUUAGAAGGCGUUGUCUUAAAAGAUCCCUCGGCCACUUACCAACCUGGUAAGCGUGGCUGGUUAAAAGUUAAAAAAGAUUAUCUUUUUGGGGGUCGUAUGGCAGAUACCGCAGAUUUAGUAGUCUUAGGAGCCUCAUAUGGUUCUGGCAAACAAGGUGGCGUUUUAAGUAUAUUUCUAAUGGGUUGUUAUGAUCGUCGAGAUCGUUUGUGGAAGACUGUAACCAAAGUACAUACAGGAUUGGAUGAUAAAACGCGUUUGGAAAUGCAUGAACGUUUAAUGAAGCUUAUGGAAAGAUCUGAUGGAAAACAAGCACCCAAUUGGUUUUUGUGCAAUAAACCACUAAUACCCGAUUUAAUAGCAAAAGAUCCAAAAGUUAUGCCCGUAUGGGAAAUAACAGGAGCAGAAUUCACUAAAUCCGGAGAACACACUGCAUCCGGUAUAUCUAUACGUUUUCCUCGUAUAACACGUUUAAGAGAUGAUAAAUCAGCUGAGCAAGCGAAUGAUUUGGAAUUGCUGGAAAAUAUGUAUGAAGCCUCCAAAAAUAAUGUAAAUGUAGAUCUUUUGAUUAAGGGUUGUGAUGAUGGCGAUGGCAGCGAUGAAGAUACAUUAAAAAUAAACAGUAAACUAAAUUUACAAAAAACACCCAAAAAAUUUAUAAAAAUAGAGGAUAAUGUUUCACCAAGCAGUAGUAAAAAAAUUAAGGUGGAAACGCCCACCUCCAGCAGUAGGAAAAGACAAUUGGAAAAAGACAAAGACAACCAACCCUUAACACAAAAGUAUAUGAAAAUAAAAGUAGAGUCUUUAGAUAUGAUUGAUAAGAAAACGUCUAAAAAACAAUUAACUUUAGAUAGUGCUUUUAAAACUGUAAAUAACAUUAAAAAAGAAGAGCCCGAUCCAGUUGUAAAAAUAGAAAAAGAAAGUAAUUUAUUUAAAAAUGUGGUAGCAAGUUUUGAAAAUAUAGAAAACUCUAGUGAAGUGAUUAAACAAUUUAAAGCUAACAGUGGUACAAUUACCACAGACUCCAAAAAAGCUGAUUUAGUUUUUUAUGAAUCUUAUAAUGUUAAAGUUAAAUUAAGUGAUUGUAGAAUAAAAUAUCGUAGAUCUAGUCAUCAUUUAAGUACAGAAUGGUUAUUGGAUUGUUUGAAGCAGAAAAAAUUAUUAGAUUAUGGUUUAUAUGCAAUUGUUAUAAAAUAAGAUGGUAAAUUAUAAAAUAUACAAUAAAUAUUUUUAUAUACAUAUUUA